UUUCAAAUUAAUUUACACGACCUUGGACACAAAUCAAAUGGCUGCGAGGGUUUGUAUAGCGGGUCAUUAAUACGGGCACGCUGCGGAUCUGACCUGACCCGAUUUGGAUCGUCCUCGUUUGUCAUCUCUACUCGACCGAGACGUCGCGGGACUCGAUUUCAAUCCGGAAAGGUUAAACCCACCAUUAUAGAAAAAUUCAAAUUAGGUGGUCGUAAUAAUGAGACAGCAGGGGCAAUAUUCUGACUCAGGAAUAAACUCAUAUUCUGUCUCUCAAAUGCAUCAUGUUCCUAGUCAGAUGGUGGAACAGAGCCACCCUGAUCCUUUUGAAGGACGGUUGGAAGCAUUCACUCCUGAGAGAGAGCAUUCAUACGUAGCUUCAAAAAACGAGGAUCAAUGGCGAUGGGACAGAGAUGAGUCGAAGAUGUCGAAUUCUAUGGCCUCUCACAUGUUCAACGAAGGUCAAGGGGGUGAUGCCACAAGAUCAUAUUUUCAAGGUCAGAGACCUAAUCCAAAAUUGGUUAUUGAGAAAGGAAGUAACAGUGAUCCCAGAUCUCAAUCCCAUGGAAAAAACAUGGAAAGUAGGUUUGGAGAGGGUCUGUUGCCACAGAAUUUUGACGGUCUUGAGCAGAAAUUUAUUGAUGACAUCAUUAAAUUGGCCAAGGAACAAAAUGAUGCAGAGGAUGAGGAAAAUGCUCGACAUAGAGAUAGAAUUAUUGCAAUCAAUGCUCAGUAUGAGGAACAAUUGGCAGCACUUCGAGCUAGGCAUGCUGGUCGUCGGGAUGAGUUACUCCGAAGGGAAUCAAGUGUGCGACAACAUCAAUAUCAGAAGGGAAUGGUGGACCAUUACCCAAAUGGUGGCAUUGGCCCUGGUGAUCCUCGUGGCAACAGUGGAGUUACAGCAUUAGCCGCUGCUGGACAAGCACAUCAAAAUUAUGAUUCUGAACACUUUGAUUCCUUCAGAGAACGAGCUCGGUUUCUUGGGAAUUCUGCGCGAGAUCCUAAUUUGGAUCCUAGAGGUCCAUAUCCAGGGGGCCGAGUUUAUGACACGGGCUCACGGUACUACUAAUCAAAGUUGCUUACAUUAGAUAUGCUUGCUGUUUUAUCCUCCGUGUGGAAUAGGCUCCAUAACUAAUGAUAGUGCUGUAUUUUCACUAUAAAAAUAUGCAUUUUUAUGUUGUCUGAUUAGGCUUUCUUAACUAACGUAUUAGUUCUGUAUUUUUCAUCCUAAAGUUAUCCAUUUUUAUGUGGCAUGCUCUUUCUCUCUAUAACGCCCAUGAAUCUAUGGUAUCUUUGGAUCCCAUCAUUUGUCGACUUGAACGAGUCCAUGUUUAAAUUGUAGCUUCCUCGAUUCUUUAGAAGCUUUGAAGUUGGAAAUAGUGGCUUUCCAUGAUCUGAUUGAUGAACUUUUAUUGGGGUUACGUUGUCACUUUUUUGUAAAAGUUGCUUCUUUAAUGCUUUACAUAAAAGUUUGCUUUAUGCGAA